AAAAUGGAAUCCCUUGUUAUAGUGAGUUCUGAAAAUCUAACUUCAAUCAUUUUAUCUGGGAACUCCACUAUGGCUCUUCCCAAUGUUCUAAAAACAACACACGGACCUAAAGCUUUGUGGCCAAUCAUGAACUUCAACAAUCAAACUAUAGUGGAUAAAAUAACUCCGGAUAUGUUGCACUUAAUUGAUCCCUAUUGGUUACUUUGGAUUUCUUUGUAUCAAUUUGCACCUAUGGAUCCAAUAUGGCACAAAAUUUUAGGCCUUGUGAUGAUUGUGCUAGGAAUUAUGGGAUGGACCGGUAAUGGUAUUGUAGUAUACGUAUUCUUGAUGACACCUUCUUUAAGGACACCGAGCAAUCUUCUAGUGAUGAACUUAGCUUUUUCGGACCUUAUUAUGAUGGUUAUCAUGUCGCCUCAAAUGAUAAUCAAUUGUUACUAUGAAACCUGGAUAUUAGGACCGUUGAUGUGCGACAUACAUUCCAUGGUUGCUUCCUUAUGUGGAUGCACCUCAAUAUGGACUAUGACUGCUAUUGCUUUAGAUCGAUACAAUGUUAUAGUGAAGGGUAUAUCAGGUAAACCAUUCACCAUCAAGAAAGCAAUCCUCGAAAUUUUAAUAAUUUGGCUCUUCGCUUCAGUAUGGACGGUUUUGCCCAUGGUGGGUUGGAACAGAUAUGUGCUAGAAGGCAAUAUGGCCACUUGUGGUAUAGACUAUCUUGCCAAGGAUUGGAUUUCCAGAUCGUACAUUUUAGUGUAUUCAAUAUUUGUAUAUUAUACGCCGCUGUUUACUAUAAUUUACAGCUAUUACUUUAUUGUUUCGGCAGUAGAUGCUCAUGAAAAAGCAAUAAGAAAACAAACGAAAAAGAUGAAUGUCCAAUAUUUGCAAUCUGGAGAUAAUCAGAACGCAAGUGCAGAAGCAAAACUGGCAAAGGUGGCUCUUAUGACCAUUUCCUUAUGGUUUAUGGCAUGGACGCCAUAUCUGGUUAUUAAUUAUAUUGGUAUUUUUGGUGGCAUUAGUAUUAGUCCUCUUUUCACAAUUUGGGGCUCUCUCUUUGCAAAGGCAAACGCUGUAUACAAUCCAAUUGUUUACGGAAUUAGUCAUCCAAAAUAUAGAGCAGCGUUAAAGGAAAAAUUACCGUUCUUCGUAUGCGGCUCUACUGAAGAUCCACCUGCAAAAACUGCGGCUACAGAAACAUCAUCUAUGACCACAGCGAACGCGUAAUUCUGAGUAUUGUAUUGUAAUUUGUAAAUAUUGUGAUAUAAUAUACUUAGGAUCUCUCGAGAAUACCAUUGUAUCAUAUCGAUAUUGGAUAUAUUAUGUGAUAAAUGUAAAACGCAUAAAAAUUUAUAUUUUGUAAAGCUUCAAUAAUUACAUAAAGCUAUAUACAUAUAUGAAAUUUUGCGUGAAUUAACACUAAGUAUAUGAUAUUAAAUAUGACGAAAUAUUAUGAUUGAAUUUUUUUUUUUUACUUUUAUUGGAGCUGUUAAAUAUUGUCUUUGCAAGGCUGAAUUAUAAACGGCAUUUAGUUGAUUGUAAUAAAGGAUAGGAUAUUUAAUAAAUCAUUUGGCAUCUAAUAAUUCAAAAAAA